GUAUUGCGUUUGUUUCUCCCAAUUUUAUUUUCAAAGAUCUUGUUGACAGUUGAUGUUAUUUUGGUCCAUUUUUUGUCAGUUCGAUUUCUCGUUGCAAGCCUCCGACAAGGAAUAUUGUCAUCUUAUCGUAUAAAUCUGUCUUUCCCUGUCGGUCUUUUUGCAUCUCUUUAUGUGGAUGCAGCAGUGAGGGGAGUGGACUUCUGUUGUUUCCCAACCAAGCCCCCUUCCCCCAACCGCACAGUGCAGUACACAGCUGUGUGCAUCCUUUUUUAUCGGUAUGGCAAAUGAAUCACUAACAAAUGGGGGAAGAACAAGUCAUUCCAAAAACACGAAUCUCACCUCCUCGGUGGAACUGAGCACGUCCUUAGACCACAGUGUCCAAACACGUAUAUUCAAGAUAAUUGUCAUUGGGGACUCAAAUGUUGGGAAAACCUGCUUAACAUUCCGCUUUACCGGGGGGAGCUUUCCGGAGAAGACAGAGGCGACCAUCGGUGUGGAUUUCAGGGAGAAAGCUGUGGAGAUUGAGGGCGAAAAAAUCAAGGUGCAAGUUUGGGACACCGCUGGCCAGGAACGGUUCCGGAAGAGUAUGGUGGAGCACUACUAUCGUAAUGUCCAUGCUGUAGUCUUCGUUUAUGAUGUCACCAAGAUGGCCUCCUUCCAGAAUCUGAAGACCUGGAUCCAGGAGUGCAAUGGUCAUCGGGUUUCCCCCGCUGUUCCCCGGGUCCUGGUCGGGAAUAAAUGUGACCUGGUCAGUCAGAUCCAGGUGCCCUCCAACACGGCACUCAAGUUUGCCGAUGCCCACAACAUGUUGCUCUUUGAGACGUCGGCAAAGGACCCCAAGGAGAGCCAGAAUGUGGACUCCAUCUUCAUGUGCCUGGCUUGCCGGCUUAAGGCCCAAAAGUCCCUGCUCUACAGGGACGUGGAGAGGGAGGAUGGCAGAGUGAGACUCACCCAGGAGCCCGACGCCAAGAACACCUGUCCUUGCUAAGGACAAUCCCAUGAUCCUCUCUUGUUGAAGCACCUCCUCUCUUCCUUAGACUAGUGUGAAAAUUCCACAUAAUACAUGACGUAGGCUAUGAGAUAUCAGCAGAAACAUCUGAUAUGAAGGAAUGCAAUUGUGCCUGCAAUUGUUUCAGUUUUUCAUUGUGAACCCAUUUAUAAUCCUGACUUUGUCUCUGUGUAUCUCUAGUUCUCUCUGUCUUGCUGUUUUUCUCUUGAAUUUCAGUCUGCGUAUUCUACUCCAAAGUUACUAAAUAUAAGAUACGUACUGCCUUUUCUCUCGCUAAUGGCCUUCAGACAAGAAGAGGUACUGUCCUGACCAACCAUGAUGACCUGCUUCCAAGCACUGAGAAAUAAUUUGUUGGGCUUCAUUAUUGCAUUCAGUAUUGCCAACUCCUGAGAUUUUAUUGCAUGUCAACCUUUUUUUACCCAUGUAAAAUACCCAUGUGAUCUUUACAUUACAU